UCUGCCCUUAGCCAAAAUGGCGCCAGCUCGGAAGUUGCCGAAGUUGACGAAGCAGGUCCGGAAGCUGCCGAGCGAGUCCGGAAGUUGCCGAAAGAGAGCAGCGGGGAAGGAGGAUGGCGGAUAUCAUCGCAAGACUCCGGGAGGACGGGAUCCAAAAGCGUGUGAUAAAGGAGGGCCGAGGAGAGCUCCCUGACUUUCAGGAUGGAACCAAGGCCACGUUCCACUACCGGACUCUGCGCAGUGACGAGGAGGGCACCGUGCUGGACGACAGCCGGGUGCGCGGCAAGCCCAUGGAGCUCAUCAUCGGCAAGAAGUUCAAGCUGCCCGUGUGGGAGACCAUCGUGUGCACCAUGCGGGAGGGUUCUCCAGCCCCUCAUGCUCUGCAUGGCCAGGAUCUGGUCCUCUGUCUGCAUCAUGUGGUCCUGUAUCCGUUGGUGGCCAAGAGUCUACGCAACAUUGCAGCUGGCAAAGACCCCCUGGAGGGCCAGCGGCACUGCUGCGGCAUCGCCCAGAUGCACGAGCACAAUUCCCUGGGCCACGCCGAUCUGGACGCCCUGCAGCAGAACCCCCAGCCUCUCGUCUUCGACAUCGAGAUGCUUAAGGUGGAGAACCCUGGCACGUACCAGCAGGACCCAUGGGCGAUGACGGAUGAGGAGAAGGCAAAGGCAGUGCCGGUCAUACACCAGGAGGGCAACCGGUUGUACCGCGAGGGCCGCGUGAAGGAGGCUGCCGCCAAGUACUACGACGCCAUCGCCUGCCUCAAGAACCUUCAGAUGAAGGAACAGCCUGGGUCCCCUGACUGGAUCCAGCUGGAUCAGCAAAUCACACCACUGCUGCUCAACUACUGUCAGUGCAAGCUGGCGGCCCAGGAGUAUUACGAAGUGCUGGACCACUGCUCCUCCAUCCUCAAUAAGUAUGACGACAACGUCAAGGCCUACUUCAAGCGGGGCAAGGCGCACGCGGCAGUGUGGAAUGCCCAGGAGGCCCAGGCUGACUUUGCCAAGGUGCUGGAGCUGGACCCCGCCCUGGCUCCCGUCGUGAGCCGCGAGCUGCGGGCCCUCGAGGCAAGAAUCCGGCAGAAGGACGAGGAAGACAAGGCCCGCUUCCGGGGCAUCUUCUCCCACUGACAGGGCCCUGCUGGCCCGGCCACCCUGCCCAGCUCACUGCUGCUGCUCCCAGCCCACCCGCCCCCGCUGUAUCAUGCUUCUCUGUAUAUAAAGGCCUUAUUUAUCUCUCUCUCUCUC